CGGCCCUUUAUGGAUCAGGUUUGACACCCCUGGUCUAUUGGGAUGACGAUGAAACAGGGAAGCAUUUGUACAGUAUUCAAAGACAGGUUGAUACUGGAAGGAUAGAGGGCAGGAGUCAGAGAGAGGAAAACAUCCCUCGUUUAUUCUCUCAGCAUAAUGGGUAAACAUCCCACUGGGAAAUGUACACACUGUAGCCAUCCAGAAAGUGUAGGACAUGCACUACUCCACUACAAGUAGUAUGAACAUGAGAGAAAUCAGCUUUUUCAAUCAUUAAGAAUGGUAAAUCAUUAUCAUUUUACAUUACCUGGUUUGCUAGGAAAAGCAUUAAGUCAGAUAUAUCACUUUAUCAAAUAUUUAAAAGAAACAGAAAUGGCUAAAAGAAUAUAGGCUUUUUUUUCCCAACUCCAAUAUCUCCUGUUCCACACUCCAGCCCAGUGGGUGGCGGUAAUGCGCCUUUAAGUUGGUCUGCCAACCGCCAGAAAACCCUAAAGAAGAAGAACUGCAGGUUUGUUUGUGGCCAUGUUGCCGGACAGCUUUGUGUUUAACAACAACUGGCACGAGUGUGUGUGAGAGUGAUUGUGAGCUUAGUUCAGUAAACAUCUACAGAUAAACUUGUAGAGGUGACAUCUAAAAGAAUAAUCCCAGGGAGCUGUAGUGCUUUUUGAUGUAAUAACAAGCGUGGAGAGAAGCCUGGUUUAACUUUUCACCGCUUCCCGGUGAACUCCGAAAGACGAGAACAGUGGUGAGCUGCAGUUAAACGUGAAGACUGGAUGCCUACAAAACAUUCCCGUGUGUGCGGAGAACAUUUUAUAUCAGGAUAGUGUGGGACCUCUGUGCACUUUUUCUAGCUCAAGGUUGUUCUGUUAUAAAAAUCCCAUAGCUAUAGAUCUAGAUCAAGCCUCAGUGUAUCGUCAUAGAACCGUGCUCGCGAUAGCGUUCUAUUCACUGAUCUCUGUGUAAAAUAUCUGGAUGGCUCAUUGCCCAUUCCCCGCUGUAGAGACGAGUGAUUCAUCUGGCCGCCAUGUUACCACACCCUUCACGUAUAGACCAUGUGCACUUACGUCAUAGGUCAGAGGGCAAGUUUGUUUAUCCGCCAUAUUGGGUAUCAAGCCGCAGCUCACUUCACACGCGGAAAUUUUUGGAGCGUGAUUAACAUUUUCAGUCAGAAUGGCUUGUUGUGUGGCAGUAGGGUGCUCUAACAGAAAAAGCACGAAGAUGAUUACAUUUUUGUAAUAAACAUGAUACGCUUGUGCAUUUGAGUCAAAAUUUGCUAAUGGGUAAUAAUGGUGAGACACGUAUAAAAAAAUCAUCUCCAUCCACUAUUUUAAACAUAAAUUGGAUAUUUUUUGGUUUAAAUAAAAUAAUAUUGCUCUAAGAAAUAAUGUUGACAACUUCAGAUAUCACAAGCUAUAUUUUCCCAAUAAAAUCAUGAAUUAAUUUUUUGAAGUUGGUGAAUUUUAGACACCCGACCGUAACAGUUCUGACUAACCAACUUCGACAAGGUUUGAUUGCUAUACAACUUAUUGUCGGAAUUAAAUCAACUACACUCCAUAAAACAGGUUUACUGAAGUGUUUAAAAAACCGCAUACAAUGGGCCUGCACAUUUUCUAAACACGAAAAAAUCAUUUAAAAAAAGACCCUUAUGCACGUUACUGUGUCUGUCAGAAGUCAACAUCAACUUGUGAAUAAGAAUAUUCCAACUAAAAACAUUAAUAUAGAACAAUAUAUGUAAUCAAUCACUUUAAUAUAAAAGCACCAAUUGAUUUAUAAUUAAUUCUCGCCUUGGAAUCUGCCUGUUUUCAAAAUACAUCGAUGGUAAAAUCAAAGGAUCGCUGUCUGUCAGAAAAUAACGUACACAAGACUGUAUCGUAUAUCUCCGACCGGCAUAGCACCGCAUGAUACACAAACCUCCAGGAAAUCCACACUACCACAAGUUUUGAUGACAUCAUCGCUUUCCGAGAAGAUGGAGAAACUGGCCGCCUGAGCAGCGUGUUUUUGCAGUCUGUCAGGAAAGCUGACGUGCAUAAUACGUAACGCACAAUGUCGUUGAGAAUCCGACUUCGGAAUGCUGAUCGUAACAGUAAAAAGUCUGUACCAUCCAAUUCACCAGACGAUGUGUCAAGCUCUGGCAGACGCAAAGCUGCCAAUACAAGAUACAGCCAAGCCUGGAGGGAUCGUUUAAAAACAGACCAUGUAAAAUUUGCUGAGUUCAAAGCUUUAGAAGCUGAAAGAGCAAGGGAGUAUAGAAGGAAGAAGAGUGCUGCUGCAAAAGUUAGUGAUAAGGAGAAAAAUCGAGAGCGACAGAGGAAGUUCAGAGCCAGAAAGAAAGAACAGUCUAAAAAUUGUGAGCAGAUCCCAAAACCUAAGAAAAGAAAGGUCUUAACAAGAAAAGAGAGAACAAAGAAACGAGAGUAUGAUAGAAUAAAGAAGAGAGAGGAGAGGGAAAAGAUGAGUGCCCAGAAAAAGAGAAGAAUCCGUGAAAAAGAUGUUGUACGAAAGAGAGAGAAGAGAAAUAAGAUGAAACCUACUGCUCCUGGUACCCCAGCUUCUAGUGCUGUUGCCACACCCAGUACAACAGGAUCUACUGGUUUUAAAACUAAAUCAGCAAAACGGAUGGCGGUGUCAAGGAUGUGGAAAAAAAUUCCAGCUGAUGCAGAGAAAUUUGCGGACAUUGUUAUGGAGUUCGUAGUUGGUUGCAGUCCACGUAAAGAAGCAGCACUAAAAUCGAGAGGUCUUCAAACAUCACGUAGAAGAAUAGAAUUUGAGGACCCAAGUCAGGAGAAACUUAAAUCUACAAUCGAAAGUCUAAAGAAGAAAAGGGAUGCAUCAUCCUUGGAGAAGCGGCGCGUAAUUGUGAAGAGUUUGAUGGUAGCCAAAAAGUAUAGAAUGCAGCGACUGAUAGCUAAGCGCUUCAAUAUCCGUCCAGCAUAUCUAACUAAACUAUCAAAUGAUCCGCCCAGAGAAGGCUUAUGUAGGAAACGUAGGUCUGAUGCCACUUGUUUGGAUGUAGCGAACAACAUAACAGCCUUCUAUCGUAACCCCAAAGUGGCACGAGAACUUCCUUACAUGAAAACUGUGAAAAAACAAGAACAGAGAUUUCUUAUGGAGGUCUCGCUACAGAAAGCCUACGAACUCUGGAAACUGGAGAAUCCAGGUAAUAAUGUUGUGUCUUUCCCCGUGUUUUCCAAGCUCCGUCCUUCCUGUGUUGUUCUUCAACGUCAAACGGACUUAAAUCAGUGUCUCUGUGAGUAUUGUACUGGGGUGUUAUUAAAGCUCCAGAGUCUGAACAGAAUCCUCACUGCUACUAACAGUGAUGACUGCGUAAAACUGAAGAUCAAAGACAAAUAUGAAAUAGUCAGCCUGUCUCUAUGUCCCAAACGUGGUGACAACAAGUACCAUGAUCUUAAGUGUAUCAACAGAACAUGCUCAGACUGCGGCAUAGCUCUACUGAAGGAACAUUUUAAAACUGUAGUUGAUUCCUAUGGUGAACAGGUAGUUUCUUGGCAGAAGUGGGAGAAUAAGUCCUACUCCCAUGAUGGCAAACAGAAUACAAAGAAGGUUCAAUCAACCAACUCUGGUCCCUUCAACACCAUGUUUGAAGAGUUAUUGGCUGAAACAGACUUUUUAGCUAAACAUGUCUUCACAGCCAACUGGCAGCAUGAUCAGUUCAACCAAAUCCGAGAAAAGUUGCCAGAUAAUUGGUCGUUGUUCGUGUUGGAUUUUGCCGAAAAUUACAGAUGCUUGUCCCAAGACGAAAUCCAGUCGGCACAUUGGUCCACCCAGCAGGUAACAGUUCACCCAAUCGUAUGUUACUACAAGUGUCCCACAGAAGGCCACAUUCACACUGUGCAGGAAGCCCUAGUUUUUCUGUCAGAUGACCUGAGCCAUGAUGCCAAUGCUGUCCAUCACUUUGAAAAGCUCGCAAUACAACAUCUAAAACAAAAGCGAGGAUUGAAACUAGAGCAUGUAGUGGAGUUCACUGACGGCUGUGGCUCACAGUACAAGUCAAAAGCUCCAUUUGCUGACAUCAGUAACUCUAAGGGAGCACAUGGUUUAUCUCUCGAGAGAUGUUACUUUGGAUCUCGCCACGGCAAAGGCCCCAGUGAUGGUGUCUCUGGGGUAGUGAAAUCAGCUGUUAGACGUGCUGUCCUUUCCCGGAAGGUCACAGUAAAUUGUGCUGAAGAUAUGUAUAACUUCUGCUCUCAAAAUCUCACGAAACUCAAUUGUGAUGGUCAACUCCGUUCAUUCUAUCUGGUGAAACGUGGUGAAAUUCAGAGAGAACGUCCUAUAACACAAGUAAGGUCUGCCCUUGCUGGAACUCGCGUACUUCACUCUGUGAGGUGUGUUUCUCCUGGUGUUUUGGAUACUCGCCUGUAUUCCUGCUUUUGUGAUGGCUGUAUAACUGCCCACGAUGGAAGCCAUUGUUCUAACUCUGACUAUGUCCUUCCCUGGCAACGACGUACCUUGAGCUUACCACCUGAAGUAGCUGACUUAUACCAGCCUGUUGAUGAGGAACAGAAUGACAUAUCGGUACCUGAUGAUUCUUCAGACGAACAGGCUCCAGCUCCAGUAUCCAGCCUAGCAGAUCUCUGGACAAUGAUUACUAACCCAGGGAAGAAAAGUGAUCACCCCGUGUCACCUGAUUAUGUGCCGAGCAUUUUCACACACACAAAGUCGUCUGCAAAACAAAAAAACACAAAAGCAUUGCAGAAGUCUGAAAAGCGACAAAACCUGAAGAAAAGGAAACGUGGAAGUAGAAAACAAGUUACAGCAGAAUGUGCAGUGCUUGGCCUUCGAGACACUGAUGUAACCACUCCUUCUGAAUGCUCCACGGAUUCCACUGAAUUAUCUCCUGAAGUUGCAGAUCUCAAAGAUGAAGGAAGUGCAGAAGCUUUAGAUGAAAAUGAAGCAUUGCCUUUUGAGCUUGAAUGCAGAAUCCUGAGGAAGGAAAAUCGUACUUUGAAGGGACAACUGAAAAAAUACUUUCUCUGUCCGGAGUCUUUUUCAGAGGACAAUGACAAAGUGGAACAAUUUACAGGUCUUCCAACAUAUGGGAUUAUGAUGGUGACGUUCCAGUUUAUACGGCCUUAUUUAAAUUUAAACAGGAAGUUUUCACCUUUCCGGCAGUUCCUGCUGACAUGUAUGCAUCUUCGACUGAACUUAAACUUACAGUUUUUAGCCUUCUUAUUUUCCAUUUCUUUGGAAACUGCAUCCAGAGUAUUUAGUAACACGUGUGAUGUUAUGUUCUGUCGUCUCGUUCCGGCGCUGGUGAUCUGGCCAGAUAGGGAACAUUUACGGCAAAGUCUGCCAGUUUCAUUUCAACAAAACUUUGAGAAAUGUUGCUGUAUAAUUGACUGUUUUGAAAUAUUUCAGGAAAAACCGAGUGAUGUGGAAACACAGAGAAAAACCUGUUCGCAGAAUAAAAGCCACAACUCUUCAAAAUAUCUGAUAGGUAUUGCCCCACAAGGCGCGGUUUAUUUCGUUUCUCAGGGGUGGGAUGGUCACUGCAGCAACAAACACGUAACGGAACAUUGCGGAUUUCUGGAUGAACUUUUGCCAGGGGAUCUGAUCCUAGCAGACAGAGGGUUUGAUGGAGGUGAUGCUGUUGGAUUGCCUUCUGCAAAUGUAAACAUUUCUGCGUUUACUCGGGGAACGUCCCAAAUGAGGGCACUGGAUGUGGAGGGCACAAGGGUGCUCGCGUCAGCCAGAAUCCAUGUUGAAAGGGUUAUUGGAAUGGUUCGUCAGAAAUACACAAUACUGAGCAAUACUGUGCCCAUAUCUCUUGUACAUUCAAAAGAUAAUGGAAUAACAUCUUUGGACAAAAUAGUACAUAUCUGCUGUGCAUUGACGAACCUGUCUGACCCCAUGAUUCUUUUUGAGUGAAAAAAAUAAGGACAAAAUUCACUUUUAUUUGAAGCCCUCAUUUUAUGGAUUACACGAUGUCUGAACAGCUACUUUUAUUUAUUUUUUUGUGUGUAAUACUUAUGACAAAGACAGCUUAAAAUUCUUUUAACAAUUUUAGAUGUGAUAAAAAUCAUAUCAAUCACAGUUAAUGUACAUAUUUGAGAAGGAUUUGAUGGAAAUUUUUACCAUACUGCAAAUGACACAAUUCAGUGUAGUUUGUCAAUAUUAUACAGUGACAAAGUUUAUAAACAUUGCUGUAUGCUUUAUAGUUUGAAUUAUAAUUUUGACGUGGAAUUCUUUGCAAAAACUGCCAAAUUAUUGAAUUGCUGCAGAUUUGAACAUAAUUGUAACAGGUGUAAAUAACUUGCAUGGUCGUCAGUGGUAAAAUUUGUAAUGAAAUGUUUGGAAAUUAAAACAUUUAUUUGUAGUAAGAAGCACGUAAUGUGUAUGUCUGAAAGUUUUCACCUAAUUUUACAUUCCUUGA